AAGAAAAAAAAAGAGAGAAAUUUUUUUCUUUUUUUUCUUCUUCUUCCUCCUCCAGUCGCCCCCUCUUUUUAUUUUCUACAGUCGCUGAUCUCCGCCGUCGGUCUCCGCGCGCCUCCUCGCCAAUCUCCGCCAUCAACCGCGCGAGUUCGCCUUCCGCCUUCCGUCGCCGAUCGUGCUUCUUCUUCGUGCCGCCGCUCGACCGAUGCAGACGAAGCCUUUGAAGCCAGAAUUCGCGAGGCCCUCGUAUUCGCCGUCGACCGAGUCCAAAGCCACCGAGCGUGAAGUUGCGAGCCUCUCCGUCGUUCCAGCCGCGUAGAGCUUCCUUUCCGCCUCUGUUCGUCCACCGCACGUCAGUGUUCCGUCGUUAGUUGAAGCCCAAUGCGUGUUAGAUCGCUCACCUUGUUCGAUUGCACACCAGAGUAGUUUGGUUGUCGCCGAUUCUUCUGUUCGGGGAACGUGCGGCGAUGAAGGAAGUUCUCGAGCGGAGUAAGGUCUCGUUUUGGGACAAUGCGUUAUCCUGAGGUGGAAAUCCCGAAAAGGCAAAAAUCAUUGUCAUAAUCUUUCACGUAUUCCAAGAAACAUCCAUUUAAAUUUUCACGAAGAAACUUGUGUUGUCUUAGCCCUCUCGGCUCUCAUUCUUCAAUCAGCUUAUUUUUACAAGCAAGCAGAAAUUAGAAUGGCAGUGGAAAGCCAAUCCGACGAGCUUCCUCAAGUUUUGGUUCUAAGUGCCCCUACGGUAUUCAGUUCUCUGGAAUCUCAAUUCCCAAACAGAUUCCAUUUCCUCAAACCGUGGGAUUCCAAACUCCCACUACUCCAAUUCCUCAUCUCUAAUGCACAAUCCACCCGAGCUUGUCUUGUCAUUCCAGGUCACCGUCUCUCAGUCUCCUCCGCCAUUCUUGACUGCCUCCCCUCCCUCAAGCUCGUCGUCACUACCAGCGCCGGUGUCGAUCACUUGCACGUGGCGGACCUACGACGGCGUGGUGUAGCCAUUGCCUACGCAGGGAACUUGUUCUCUCAAGAUGUCGCCGACAUGGCUGUGGGAUUACUAAUCGACGUUCUUAGGAAUGUUUCGGCCGGAGAUCGGUUCGUGAGGCAAAGGCUUUGGCCUACACUAGGGGAUUUUCCUCUCGGAUUAAAGUUGAGCGGCAAGCGAAUUGGGAUUGUUGGAUUGGGGAAAAUAGGCUCUGAAGUUGCCAAAAGGCUAGUGGGUUUUGGGUGCAGAAUCUCGUAUAACUCAAGGACCAAAAACCCAUUAGUUCUAUACUCCCACUAUUCCAAUGUACAUGAACUUGCAACCAACUGUGAAGCCCUUAUCAUUUGUUGUGGGCUAACAGAAGAGACCCACCAUUUAAUCAACAGGGAGGUGAUGGUUGCAUUGGGAAAAGAUGGAGUGAUAAUCAACGUUGGUCGAGGGGCGAUCAUCGACGAGAAGGCGAUGAUUGAAUGUUUGAUUCAAGGGGAGAUUAGAGGGGCUGGGCUGGAUGUUUUUGAGGAUGAACCUGAAAUUCCUAAACAGUUGUUUAAUCUUGAUAAUGUUGUGUUGUCGCCGCAUGUUGCUGUUACAACAACCGAAUCUAUAGUGGGAUUGACUAAGUUGGCUGUCGAGAAUUUGGAGGAAUUCUUCUCAAACAAACCUUUGGUUUCUCCCUUUCUGGAUUAGUUGAGGUGCAGCUCACUGCAGCUGAGUUUAAAGGGGAAGGAGAGAAUUUUAUUACAAAGGUCAGAACUUUUACACAAAUGAAUCGACGGAUAUUGCUCUAAGUCACGAAAUUUAUAAAAUUUGGUUAUAUUAAUAACUAAGUUGUUUGUAUUUCCAAACUAAGUAAUUAAUGAGUAUUGUUAUUAGUAUACCUAUUUAAGGCUCAUCUGCCCAAGGAAAAAGGUAUUUUCAUCUA